UUCUGCCAGUGAAGAAGAAGCAGCAGCCACAACAAUAAUACAACGGAGCUCCAGCGGCUUGGAAACGAGAUAAGUGUCCGAAUUCAGCGCUCAGUUCUCGGGUUAACGAGCAGAGGCGGUCCGUUGCUGUCGCCUGGAGGAGAAUAAUUCUUCACGGAGCAGAAUACGGGAGCCAUGUUUGUGUGUGACCGCAGGUACAAGCUGCUGUCGCUGUAGAGGGGAAGCUAGCUGCUGCUCCGUUAGCUCGUCCACACCGAGCCUCCUCCGGUUCGGCUCUCCGGUUCAUGCCACUGGGCUCCGGUACCGCGUGCCGCCAUGGAGAGCCUCUACAAGCGGAAGAUGUUCGCCUCGAUGCGGAAGACCAAAGUGGCCGCGUCGAAGAAGCGACAGAUCGGCCUUCCCGCUUCCAUCCUGGACGACAGUGACGAGGGCUCCUUCUCCUCCUCCUCGUUCGGAUCCCAGUCUGACUUCCAGAGCUCACCGGAGGAGGACAGCGAGCAGGAGGGCCGGGACCGCAGCGAGUCCGGGGCCACCUCCAGCGACGAUAGCCGCUCCGUGACCCGCAGGAAGCGCUCUGACGAGGAGGAGGAGGAAGAGGAGGAGGACCGGAGCCAGCCCAAGAGGUCGGUGCAGCCCCGGAAGAGGAGCCGGCUGCAGCGGCAGGACGAGUCGGACUCGGACCGGGAGGAGAAGCGGAGGGAGGAGGCCGAGAAGGCGAAGAGGAGGCAGAGACACAACAAGCUGCUGGCGCUGUCCCGGAGGAUGAAGGCCCGGGUCCCCAACCGGAGGAGGAGCCGCCUGAAGCAGGGCAGUGGAGACGAGGAAGAGUCUAAAGAAGCCGAGGACGAGGCCGGCGGCGACGAAGACAGAAACAAAGAAGGAGAAGAAGAAGACGGAAACAGAGAAGGAGAAGAAGACGGAAACAAAGAAGGAGAAGAAGAAGACAGUGACAAAAAGGAGGCUUCAGGAGGAGAAGAAGGAGGUAAAGAGGAGGAGAAAGACGAGGAUGAGGAGAAGAAGUAAAAGCUUCGUCUUUAAGACUUGCAGCUUUGUACAGUUUUCUCUUCUGCAGCACUUAAAGCGGAAAACACUUAAAAAUGUUGAAGGUUUUCUUAGUUUUUUUCUUGCUGCUUCAGUGGAAACAUAAAGAGGAUGUUUCUCUUUAAACUGACGUGAUGGAUGUCUGAUUUCUUAGUGUUCAGUCCUGCUGAUCUGCUGACUGAUCUGAUUUAUAAAUCCCAGAUUUAAGUCAUCUGUCAGAUUCCAACACCGAGCUCCAUGUACAGCAGAGAUAUCUACGAUGCUUUCAUUUACUUAUUAUUUUUGUUUUGUAUUUUUUGGGGUUGAAAAGCAGAUUCUGAAAGAAUCACUUAGGAAGUUUAAUUUAGAUUCUGCAGAUUGAUUUCUAAACAGAUUUUACUCCUGUUCAUUUACCGUCGACCCGCUUUCAUCAGGUUUGUCUCACAUUAAAUCUGAGUCUGUCUGAACAACAUCUGAGGAACUAUUAGACUGACUUUUGGGAAAUAUUAGAUCUUAAACCUUCCAUUGAGGUAGAACUAGUGUGUUUCAUGUAUUUUGUGUGUUUUUAGAUGUUUUUAAACAGAACAAUCUCCACCACCGAAAUUUUAUUUGUUCUGUAGUUUGUUUUUCUUUCACUGUAAUGUGAGUCUCAUUACAGACUGUUGAAGUAGCCAGUAGACUUUGUAGGGUACGUAUACUGGUGCUGUAGAUUGUCCUGUUUAAAAACAUCUAAAACACACAAAAAAUACAUGAAAGACACUUGUUUUACCUCAAUGGAAGAUUUUAAAAAAAAAAAAAAGCACAUUCUCGCUAAAAAAAACUGUUAUGUAGUUGUCUUUUUUAUUUUUAUUAAUACUGUUAUUUAUAAAGUUGAGACUUCUAUUUGCAGCUUAAUUUUUUCCCCAUAUUUCUUCUCCCUCAUAGUCAGAGAUUAUUUGAUCUACUGUCCAAUAUUCCAGAUUCUGAAUCAUUGACAUGAUGAGAAAGAAGAGAGAAAAUUUCAGGUUUUAUCUUUAAUAGUUCAUCAGACACUGUUGUUCAAACAGACUUAGAUUGAAUGAGAAAAAAACCUGCAGAAAGUAAGUUGACAGAGAUUUUAAAAAAAAAAGAUAUAUGAAGCUGAAAUUCCACCAAUAUCUUUGUAAACAAGCAUUUUUGUACUACAAAUAAUUUCAUCCAAUCAGAGAUGGUUGAGAAGACAUUUUGAGGAUAUUUGACACAAUAAAAUUGUUACUUAAAGUAAAAGUAUGAGUACAGUCAGAAGGAAGUACUACGUAUACUCGUGAGACUGUUACACUGUAGUAGAGUUUACUACGUCGUUACUCAUUCAUUAAUGUAGAAGCAGGGUUUAAAGAAUCGAUGCUGAGAACCACUAAGAACCAAAACCAAUUAGCAGAAUCGGGAUCUGAAGAUACCACCCAAGUCUUUUUUCAAAUUUUAAGGUGGAAUUAUUCGAGCAGCAUGAGCCUUAAAGGUAGCUAGAUGUCAUACAUUUGCAGUGUUUGUUUUAAUUUAUUAUUUCAACACUAUUCAGACGUUUUGAAGGUCUUUGUGGACACCACGGGUCAAAGCAAUGACCUCGAAGAUGUCAGUAGAUCAGCAGGUGGCGCUAAAACCCGAGCAGCUCGGCUUCGGCCACGUUGGAAACUGGAUUCUCCGUUUCUUGGAGCCGAGAAACUCAAACUCUUCUGGUUGAAACAUCGACUCGGAGAGCGUCCGGACUUCAGUAUCUGAGCUUCUAGUUGGAUUCCUGAUUGUCGAAAUGAAACUCUAAAGGUCUGGACUGAGGCUCCCGCAGUAUUUAGAGACCUUCAGUAUAAAAGCUUUUGUUGCACUUUUUUGCUCUUUUAUUUACCCUUCAGUUUGAAUCGGGCUCUUCUCCUCCGAUUUAUUUUCGAUGCAUCGGCAUCAGAUCAAAGUUAUUCGCAAGCAUUUUGUCGUACGGAGGCUUUUAAUUUGGCGCAAGCAAAUAGGGCUGCAACUAACGAUGAAUUGAUGAAUCGUCUUAGCACGAUACUCGCAUCGUGCUUAGACAAUUCAUCGUUAGGGACAUUUGUUAAGGACAUUUGCUUGUAGGUCUGCAACUAACAAUUAAUUGUCUAAGCAAGAUACGUCGAUACGUCAUAUCGUGCUUAGAUGAUUCAUGGAUUCAUCAUUAGGGAUAUUUGUUAGGGACAUUUGCUUGUAGGGCUGCAACGAUGAAUCGUCUAAGUAAAAUACAUUAUAUCUUGCUUAGACAAUUCAUCAUUAGGGAUAUUUGUUAGGGACAUUUGCUUGUAGAGCUGCAACUAACAAUGAAUCGUUGAAUCAUAGAAGCACGAUAUGUGGAUACAUUGUAUCAUGCUUAGCAGAUUCAUUGUUAGUUGCAGCUCUACAAGCAAAUGUCCCUAAUGAUGAAUUGAUGGAUCGUCGUUAGUUUGCAGUCUUGAGGUACUUUUUGUCUUUCUAGUUGCAAUUUUCUUGACUAUCUUUCCUUCUUGUCACUAUAAGCUGAAUAUAUCUCGUCGGGACAUCUAAGCUGAUCAGUUUGGCUCAUUAAAGACCGUUAAAACCUGUAAAAAUGUUCAUGUACAGUUUAAACAAACACUAAUGAAGUGUUUCAAGAAAAGCGGCUCAGACUGUAAAAGAGAAACUAUCAUUUCUCCGUUAGUUUCCUCUUAAUUCCCCCUGGUUGUCCCUGAAUGUGACCCGAGAAGAACAACAGCGACUCUUGUAGAUAAAACUCAUUUGGACAAAAGCUUUUUUCUACUUUUCUAUUUAUUUCUUGCUCUCUAAUGUCGGUUUGUGUACAAUCAUGUAAACUAAAGCGUUCCUUUCUUUAAUCUCUGUGAUGUUUAAUUGACACAGUGACCGGAUGGAAGUCACGAAUUGAGCCCGUCUGUUUGUUUUUUGAGCUUUGACGACGAUGAAUGAAUGUUUUAACGUCCAGUUUUCAGAGUGAAGCUGCUGAAGCUGAACCCACAGAGUGUUUCGGAGCCUCGUGGCCUUUUUAUUUUUCUCUCUCUUUGUUUUCUCAGCAGUAUAGAGACGAUACACACACCUCAUAGUUGCAUCAGUGCUGUGUAUUAACCUGUUUCAGUGUAUUUCUGGUCUUUUGUUGCUGUAUAAAGCUCUUCAGACCAAACCACCGUGUUGAAAACAACUCUUUUACUAAUAAAGGCUCUUUUUUUGAUCGACA